AUGAAUAAAGGCAGCUCCUUUGCAAAGAGCUCCAGGGAGGAUACCCAGAAAUCAGAGAAGAAAUGCAAGGCUUUCAAGGAUAUUUCCAAAUACUUCUCUAAGGAAGAAUGGGCAAAGCUUGGCUACUCAGAUAAAAUCACCUAUGUGUACAUGAAGAGAAACUAUGACACCAUGACUGGUCUAGGUCUCAGGGCCACCCUCCCAGCCUUCAUGUGUCCUAAAAAACGGGCCAUAAAAUCCAAGAGGCAUGAUUCUGAUGAAAAUGAGAACCACAGGAAUCAGAAUGAACCUCUUCAGGAGGUUUCCAAUGUGAAAAAGAGAAAACACCAGAAGGUGAUGCUCAAAACGGUGAAGGAAGAAGAGGAUUCAGACCCAAUACCAAUAACACCUGGAUUUGAGCAGGCUCAGAAAGUGCUGUGCCUCCCUGGAAAAGCAAGUACCUCUGAUCAACAGAGUGAGAUAAUACCAGGACCCAAGAGAGGGAAGAAUAGUAUUUGGGCCUACAGACUGCGGGAGAGGAAGAACCUAGUAGUGUAUGAAGAGAUCAGUGAUCCUGAGGAAGAGGACUAA